UAAAUCAAUAAUUUUAUUUUAAAGCAGUAAACCAGAUACCUAGUAUACCUACAUAUGAAGUUGGCAGUCAACGCGAAUAUAAUUGUUUAAGAACGAAAGAACCGAAUACUUUGAAGUGGUCGCAACAUACGGAACCCUUUGAUACAGGAAUAGGAAUCUCAGAAAUGGUCAUUGAUACAAAUAACAUUACUAAGUUGAACAUCAAGAUGACAGUAGAAGAGUUCGAUAAUACAACGACUAUACAAUGUAGCAAUAAGAGCAUCGAGAAAAUGACAAUAAAACCGCAAUUUAAUAGAUCUGGUUGCAAAGACAGAAACUUUAAUAUCUACAAUGUAUCUGACGGUUUCCCGCCAGAACCAUGUCGUUCCAAAGAUACAACCAUUUUAGAAUUAGACAAAAACUGCAAAUACGUUAAAAAAAAAAUAACGACAAAUCUAACUAAGGAACAGGCCAACAACACUAAAAUAAUAUGUGUAACAUUGAACUGUACAACCAUAAAUAAUGAGAGAAACUGUACGAGAUUAAUAAAAAAUAGAGCCCACUUGUUGUAUGCAGAACCUGAAGUUUUUCCAGAUCAGCCCGUGUCAAUAGGAAUGCCUAUUACAGGAUGUAUUGGUAUCGCCAUAUUCAUAUCACUUAUCUGGAUAUACGGCAGAAAACGUUGCAUACAACGAGCACAGGAACGUAACAUGGAUCAAAUCCAAUACGUUGAUUUACAGUUAGAAGGUUCUUCUGCGCUCAGAAAGAUGGAUAGUUCACACGACAACCGAACAAUAAUGCAAACGAAGGCGGCUGGCGCUAGAGAGGACGAAGCUUUAUAUUCUGAAAUAAUGGGUGUUAUAGAGCCAAACUAAUAUUACACUAUAUAUAUAAAAAUAUAGAUAUAUAUUAUUUUUGUUUGUUACAUUGUGCCAUCAAACUAUAAUGUAUAUACAAUUUAAGGCACAAUAUAUAAUAUAUUGUGCCAUAAAUUGUGAUAGCAUCGUAUAUAUCUGACGUAGGUAGGUAUGUGUAAUUUAAAAACAUGCAAUUUAAGUAUCCAACACAUCUCUUGUUACGAAAAAUCUGAUGUAUUUAUUCCGGAUGUUAAUAUUGUAGUAAGUAAUAGCAAUUUAACCUGUUAGGUAGCUUUCACAUGGCUACCCCUGUAAAACAUUAAGAUUAAAUAUUAGUUAAUUAAUUUGGACUAGAGUGAACGGAGUUGAAAAGUUCGUUUUAAAAAACCAUAACGACGUAGAUAAAUUCAUAAAAAAAACAGAUCAGGCAGAAAAUAUAUGUUGAUUUUAUAUC